AUGGCGAAUGAACUGAUUGAACUUUUCGAGGCUGUGAAGAAAGCGGCGGAUGCAGCCGCAGUGGACGGCGGAGCAGAAUCAUCGCCGGAGGAAGAUCGGUGCCUCGAUGCUUUGAAGCAGCUCAAGAAGUUCCCUGUUAAUUACCAAGUUCUCGUCUCCACGCAGGUUGGAAAACGUCUUCGGCAUGUGACAAAACAUCCUAGGAAGAAGAUCCAGGCUUUGGCCUCUGAAUUGAUGGACAUAUGGAAGAAUAUAGUUCUUAAAGAAACAACAAAGAAAAAUGGAAGUGUGGACAAUAAGGAUUCUGUAAAAACUGAGCCAGCUGGUGCAGAGUCUUCCAAGGUUAAGAAGCUUCAAAAGGUGAACUCCAUGAGGGCUGAGGCAAGUUCAAAAGUUCAAAGUGUGAAGGUUGAAAAUAUUGAUCGAAGUGGUGCACUACACUCUGAGAAAAGAAUAAAGGCAGAAUAUUUCUCGGCCACCACCAAGGCUGAAAAUCUCGAUGUUGUCAAGUUUGAAAAGAGUACUGCUGGGGAGAGCAUAAAGGUUGAAAAGAUAACCAAAGAAGAGAAACAAACUUCUAAUGUGAGAAAACCGGCAUCUAGCCCUAUUGCUCCACCGAAGCUGAGUUCUGGUAUUUCUUGUAAGGAUCCCUUGCGGGAUAAAAUCCGGGAACUUCUUUCAGAGGCUUUAUGCAGAGUUGCUGGUGAAGUUGAUGAGGAUCAAAGGGAUGAAGUGAAUGCAUGUGACCCUUUCCGAGUUGCUGUUUUAGUGGAGUCUGCAAUGUUUGAGAAGUGGGGCAGGUCUAAUGGUGUCCAGAAGUCCAAAUAUAGAUCCAUAAUGUUCAAUAUGAAGGAUAAUAAGAACCCAGAUUUUCGGCGAAAAGUUCUUCUUGGGCAAUUCAAGCCGGAUAGUGUUCCUGGAUUGACACCAGAAGACAUGGCAAGCGAUCAAAGGCAACAGCAGAUUGAAAAAAUUAAAGAGAAAGCAUUAUUUGACUGUGAGCGUGGAGGCCAAGCGAAGGCCACUACUGAUGCGUUCAAGUGUGGUCGGUGUGGGAAAAAGGAAACUACUUACUACCAGUUGCAGACUCGGAGUGCUGAUGAACCCAUGACAACAUUCGUAACAUGUGUAAACUGCAAUAAUCAUUGGAAGUUCUGUUAAGAGUCUCUUAACCUGCUGGCCACUUGUGAUGUAAUGGCAUCAUAUGACGAGCUGUGCAGGUAGCUGUAUUACUUUAAUCUGGUGCUUCUUCAGUUAGUGUUUCAUUGUUUUAGGAAAUGGGAUUUUUAUGCCCUUAUUUGUUAGUCGAGCCUAUUUUUAUUGUAAGAGAUGGUAUUUAAACGGUUCCAAAAAAAAUUUCAUUUUUCCAUUUUCUUUUGAGGUAUUUUUCUGUG